AUUGUUUCCGGAUUUCAAAUACACCUUCAUUUUAAAUUAAAUCAAUUUCUUGUAUGAAAUUGUUUAUUAAACUGAGUGAAAUGUAAAAAAAUUAUUUUAUAGAAAUAAAAUUUUCGUAAAUAUUAUAAUUCUUUAAAUUAUCAAAUUAAAAUACCAUGGAUAAUAACAAAAUUGGAACAAAAGGAGAAACUGUUAUGUAUUCGCAACUACAACCAUGGAGUACUGUAGGAGUACUACCAUGCAUGGAACAAAUUGCUGGCCCACCAAUUCCAAUUAGAGUUGGAGAAUUCUAUAAAACUCCAAAACCACAUCCAUGGCGUCCUACUUUAGGAUAUGAAAUGAUAGAAGCAUCUCCUUUACCUGCACAACCUAUAACAAAUUUACUCGCUAAUACUUGUUAUAUGCCAAAAGGGAUGGCUACAGAACCGUUACGAUUUCCAAAUUUGGUAACAGGUUUUGACAGAAAUCCUGCUCAUGCAGCACGAACUGCACUUUUUACAAGAUAUGGUCCAUAUGAAUGGGUACAAAAUCAGCUAAGGCUUUAUAAUGAAUCAGAUAGCAAUAGAAAUUUUUCAGAAAAUUUACGACAGGAUACUGUUCGAAUAAUGCGAGAAACCGACGAAAAAGUACAAAAAGGCCAAAUUGAAACCGGUCGUAAAUUAGGAGAAAGAAUUACAGAUACUACAUUCUGGAGAAAUGAAAUGGCUUCAGAAUUGGAAAGAUUAAUAAUAGAAAAUGCAAAAAUGCAAGAAUGUCGUCGAAAUUUACAAAUAACAAUACAAAGUUUAGAAGGUCAAUUGCAUAUCGCGCAGGAAUGUUUAUACUAUCGUGAAGCUAGAACAGGUUCUGAUUUGGUACAUGAUCAAGCUGAACAUGCUCUUUUAAAAGAAGUGGAAGUAGUUAGAAAUUGCGAAAAUAAAUUAGAACAUUUUACAGAUAAAUGUAAUAACCAGCUUACGAAUGGUAGGGCAGUACAAAAUCAAUUAGAAAUUGAUAUAAAAAAUAAAGAAACUGCACUUGGAAUUGAUAUUACAUGUCAUCAAAUGAAUAAUUUCAGUCGUGGAUUAAAAUAUUACGGUGGUAUUGAAAAAUAUGAUCCCAGUGUUACAGAAGCUGAAUCGUGGAUUGAAGCUUCCAAUAAUCUAGUAAAAAAAUCACAAACAGAACGAGAAAAAUCCAAUCAAUUACGAAGCGAUAUAGAAAUCGCAAUAAAUGCAGUUGGACAUGAAAUGUGGGAAGCGUGGGGAAAUACAAAUAAUGCAUUAGCUAGAAGAGCUGCAGAAAUGCUUGAAGCAAAAGAAAAAUUACAAAUACAUUUACAUAAAAUUCAACAAGAGAUAUUUGAAAUUGAAAAGAAUUUGCAAUUAAUACAAAAAGCAAUCGCAGAUAAAAGUUCUGCUCUUAAAGUGGCACAUACUCGUUUAGAAAGUAGAACACAUCGACCAGCUGCAGAAUUGUGUAAAGAUUAUGCUCAACUUAGAAUGAUCGAGGAAGUAGAAACGAUAAAUUCGACGAUACACGAUAUGAAUUUAAAAUUGCAAAGAUUUGAAGCACAACAUCAACAACUUUUACGCACUAGAUCUAAUUUAGAAACUGAUUUAAAAUCUAAGGUUGAUGCAUUAUUUAUUGAUAGAGAAAAAUGUAUGGGAAUGCGAAGAAGUUAUCCGAUUGCAUCAGUUAUAAAGUUUUGAAAUAUAUAUAAAUACAUAACACAUUUUUAAUUUUAAUUCUCUUUAAUAAUAUUAAAAAAUACAUUCACAUAUUUGUUUUGUUUAUUAUUUUUUUUUGUAAUAUUGUAUAUAAAAAAGAACUGUUUUAUACAAAACAAUUAUUUAUUUAAUCAUCUUACUACUUUGUGAAAAUGUAAUAAAAAUAGUUUUACAUUUUUAAGUAUAUAUUAUAUUAUAAUAUCUCUUUUUCUUUUAAUAUUAACAAAAGAAUUCAUUGAUGCUAAUCCAAUAAUACGAAAGACUAGCUUUAAUAUGAAAUUAAUUAAUUUUUAAUAAUUUUUGAUGCAUAGUAAUAUCACAUUAAUCAUUUGAUAUGGAAUUAUUACAUAUAACUAAAAUAACUAAAAUAUUUAUAAGACUUAAUGCUAUGUACAAUGCUAUGUACUUUAGAACUAUUCACAAAAUAUCUACACGCAGAAUAAUAAAUUUUUAAAUUUAAAUGUACUAAGAAUUACAUAUUAC